GCGGGAGUGCGCCUCUCCGCCCUGAUCAGUCCUCCUCCACAUGGCUCAGCUUUACUUUUUACUCCCUCCUCCGCCAUAAACACAACAUGAUGUCCUGUUAGUAUGGGCUCACCUCCGCGGGUUGAUGUUGCCUAAGAUAGUUUUUUAUUUAGCUGAAAUUAUUUUCUUGUGUCUCGAACUUGAUUCUCGAAUGGAAACAGGAGGUGAAAUCGCUUGACCUCAGUGGAUGCUGGCAGAGGAAGUUGCAGAGGGCACUUGGUAUAAAAACUGGUGAUUCCUGAGGGGAAAGGAGACCACCGGAAAGAGCAACUGGGAUCAAAGAAAGAAAUAGUCCUCUGUAAAAAAAAAAAAAAAAAAAAAAGACCAGAAAAGCAGUCAUGCUCGGCGGUGAAGGGGAGAGCAGCACUUUCUCUUCCACGAAGGAAGCAGCGGAUGAGAGGCGCAAGUCUCCGGCUGUGGAUGGGGACGAUCCCACUGCUGGCAGCAGGUACACAGAGCACGGCGGGAUGGGUGCUGACCGGUACUAUAUCUCUCCUACGGUUUCUAAACAAAGCACAGAAACCCCGAAUCCCUGCUCUUUUAUCCCGUACACCCCCAGUGGGUCGGUUUACACCCCGUCCAGCGCAGGCAGGUACCCGUCAUCUCUCCACCUGGGCUCCGUGUUGCCUCCUGCAGGGUUUCCCUCCUCUAGCACCGGCCGCAGUCACUUCAGCCCGGCGUACCAGCUCGGGCAGAGCCCCGGCUGUAUCUACCCGCCCUACAGCAGCUCAGGGUCGGCUCUCAGCAACAUAACUCUACCCAGCGCCGGCCCGGGGAUGAGGGCCCAGGUGUACCUCUGCAACCGGCCGCUGUGGCUCAAAUUCCACCGGCACCAGACCGAGAUGAUCAUCACCAAGCAGGGCAGACGUAUGUUUCCCUUCCUCAGUUUUAACAUAGCUGGUCUCAACCUGACAGCGCACUAUAACGUGUUUGUGGAGGUGGUACUGGCGGAUCCAAACCACUGGAGAUUUCAAGGUGGCAAGUGGGUCACCUGUGGGAAGGCGGACAACAGUAGCCAAGGGAACAAAGUCUACAUCCACCCAGAAUCUCCAAACACAGGGGCCCACUGGAUGAGACAAGAAAUCUCCUUCAGCAAACUGAAACUCACGAACAACAAAGGAACCAGUCACAAUACUUCACAGAUGAUUGUCCUGCAAUCGCUGCAUAAGUACCAGCCCAGGCUGCACAUCGUGGAGGUGACGGAGGAUGGGGUGGAGGACAUCAGCAGUGACCUUAAGACUCAGAGCUUCACAUUUCCAGAGACCCAAUAUAUAGCUGUGACUGCCUACCAGAACACUGAUAUUACACAACUGAAAAUUGACCACAAUCCUUUUGCCAAAGGAUUCAGAGAUAAUUAUGAUUCACACUGCCCUUCCUUGACCUCAAGUUCAUAUGUACAUGCAUUUUCCAGGAUGUACACAGCUCCAGAGAAUGACCGCCUCACUCCAUCUCCGACCGACUCCCCCCGUGCCCACCAGAUUGUCCCCGGGGCCCGCUACACCAUGCAGCCCCUCUUCCAGGACCAGUUUGUCAACAAUCUCCCCCAGAAUCGCUUCUAUAACAGCGAGAGAGCUGUGCCGCAGACUAACAGCCUCCUCUCACCUCAGACAGAAGAUGGAGCUUCACAGAGGUGGUUUGUCACCUCAAUGCAGCAAGGGGGAAAUGGCACUAGCACCAGCAACAAGAUAGAUUUGACACCCUACGAAGGGGAAUACUCAAGCUCCCUGCUUCCUUAUGGUAUCAAAUCCUUGUCUAUGCCAACAUCCCACGCUCUCAGCUAUUACCCAGACUCUCCUUUCACCACUAUGUCUGCAGGGUGGGGGUCCAGAGCGGCAUACCAGAGAAAGGUUACUCCCAGCCUGCCUUGGUCCCCCAGGCCCAGUCCCAAUGCUGGUUUCCCCGAAGACUCAAACAAAGUUAAACCACAGAUAGAAGAGGAGGUGAUUGGCAGUGGAAGCCUGAUCUCCUCCUGGACAGACACACAACAAUCAGCUCUGUCCCUUGACAAAGCUGAUUCUUAUUCUUCGGCCUGCAAACGGAGGCGUCUGUCUCUCAAUGGUCCCAGCACAGAGGACUCACCCUCUGACAUCAAGUGUGAGGACUUGGCCUCUGCUGCCGACAGUAGCUCCUAUAGCAAAGAAGCACCCUCAUCCAAAGGCAUGGGAGCCUAUUAUUCCUUUUACACAAACCCUUGAAUGCUUUGCCUCUUAUUUUGCUACUUUGGUUGUCCCUCAUUUGCCAGAGAUUUGCUUUUUUGUUUUGUGCACUCCCAUUUUGGCUCGGUGGUGAUAAAUGUAGUAAAAUUUACAUAUUUUUCUUCUUCUGUGGUGACAUGGGAAAUAAACAAGACAGAAACAAUAAGAUCAUAAUGACUUCAAAGGUCAAGGGGCAUGUGAAGCACAACAAGCACCAACAUUCUAAGACACUGGCUUAUUCCAUCUAUUCCGUCUUUAGUCCAUCUGUUCUCCUGGAUUAUAUAUAUAUUUUUCCACCACCCCAGUUAUGUAUUUCUGUAUUUAAAAUUUCAAAAUCACCAAAGCAUUUGUUUAGGUUGUUUCAAUUUUUUUAAACAGUGUUUCAUUGUGCAUACAUCACUGUAUCUGCCGUUACACUGAGGUUAUGUGUUUACAGAUUAUUUAUUAAAGGCCUGUUGAUAUGAAAUUUGUGCACUCAUAAAUGUGAAGAUAAAAUGCUGUAUAUAGGCUACCUUCACUGCAAUGUUCAGAUAUUUGAUAAUAAAAGGCAUAUGUGUUCU